CUACGAUGGAGCGCUAAAUAAAAUGGAAAUUGAUUGCAGUUGUGAAAUUGAGUUAUUUACGAUACCUUGCAAUCAAGAUGGACGUCUGGAUUUUUUGCUUGUUCUGCGCUAUAUUUUUGUGCGUGAAUUUGUAUGCUGACGCUGCGAAAUAUGUCAGGAAGGAGAACACUGUACAAAAGAAAAAACUGCAACAGUCCUCAAAUCCGUCGUUUCGCAAGCCGAAAUUCAUGAGGUACAUCAGUGAAAAACGUCAUAAUCCUGGUAGUGACGUUAUUUUACCAUGUAUGUCGUCCGGCAUACGUCCCAUAAUAUAUACUUGGAAAUUGAAUGGAGAAGUGAUAGAGAAGCGGCACAGGAUAAAAUUUGCGCAUAAAAAGUCCAUGUUGAAAAUCAAACGAAUUCGCAAUGCAGACGUUGGAACGUACACCUGCAUAGCUUCGAACGCUUAUGGAAAUUUAACUUUCGAUUUUGACAUUAAAAUGACAGAAAAAAAAAAGGAACCGGUCCUUUACGACUACAGUAUGAUGGUUCGUAGACACAUCUCAAUUCGGCUCAUGUCCCAAUCUGUCAGAUUCCAAUGUCAUGCUGAGGCAGAAAAAAACGUACAUUACAUUUGGUUGAAAAACGGAAAACCCUUUAGACACAUCAAGCCUAAAGCUCAGUCGGGGGAACCCUCGGAUAUGUCCAACGAUGGCGAGAACGCUGGCGAUUUGGUUUUAAAUAACUUGAAAGUAAACGACGGUGGUAAAUAUACCUGCGUGGCUUUUAAUCAGUAUGGGAAUGUUUCUUUCACCUACGAACUCAGGAUUUUGCGGAAGUUGAGUGGGGGUCCGCCUAAGGUGAUUCCAUACACCCGGCCACAAAUACAACACGCAAGUGUCGGAGAAAAUGUCACGCUCGAUUGUCUGGAGAUCAUAUCAGUAACCAUCCCAGAUGUACGCUGGUUCCAUCUUUACAAUACUCAAGAUCGAUCAGUCUUACCCGAUAUUCCGGAAUAUAUGAACUGGGAUAGCCUUGAUAACGAUAUCUACAAAUCCGAAUAUAUCGAUGCUACUCAAUACUCAUCGUUUAAGAUACGCUCAUUGAAUAAUAAGCCAAAAAACGAGUAUCUAUUCGAUGACACGGACCCCUCGGGAUUAAGAUUGAAUCUGAGAAACGUUAGCACGGCUGACACUGGAGCAUACUCUUGUUACGUUUCAAACUUCGAGGGGAGCGACUUUGCAACAUUCUUUCUUAUCGUAUCAGGCGGAGACUCGAACUCUUCAGUUUAAACUGACUUAAAGUUCGAGAAAAGAGAACAAUAAUGACGCGGAUAUUAUAAUGUGUGGACAUACCGCAAAAGAUGUAAUUAUAUGCUUUAAAAAGAAAAGAAAGAAAAUAAAAUGUAUAUAUAGCAAUGAUCCACAGAACUUUACGACUGUAAAUGAUUGCUUUCUUCGCUUAUUUCUCUUUUGUUUAACGCAGACUUUUAUGUAGAUAAGAUCAAAAUAACUUGUAAAUUCCAAUUUUCCGUAUUGUGUAGUGAAACACAAGGACGUUCGCGACCGAAUGUGAAGGUUCGUUUAUUUUUGACAACUAAAUAUUUUAAAUUAAAAGUUUUUUAAGAAUAUAUUAUAUAUGCAUA